AUGAAUCCGGAGCCAGAUCCAGAAGCGAUAAAGGCGCGGACGAUUGGUGCAGGACGACUUCCUACACAAGAACACGACCAAUCGCAUCAACAGCAUCAUCAACAAGUUGAAAAUCAUCAACAUGUUCAUAACCAGCAGCAGCAGCAGGCACAGCCGCAGCCACUGAUGCCCCAGCUGCCGCCCCAGCCUCACGUGCACAUCACGAGGCGAAGACGUGUUGCGAGCGAGAACGGGUGGCAGAUGGCGCAGGGCUCCUGCGCAGAUGGCACGGGGGAAAUCACUCCUACCAAGCCAGCCGCUUUAGACGGUGCUGGCGGAAGCGGCGGCGGCGGUGGCGGCGGUGCGAGUGCGCCGAUGGAGGAGGGGGGAAUAGCGAGACGCACUCGCAGCAGCCGCGGUGGCGGCGCCGGUGGCUCCGGUGCUGGCGGCAGUGCGGCGGCGGCGGCGGCGGCGGUGCUGCCGCCGCCACUGCCACCUCAAGCGGUUAAGAGGCUGUCGGUUUCAAUCGACGAGGAAAUGAAGGUUGAAGUCGCGGAGAAGGAAGAGAGGGAGAAGGAGGUAGAGGAGAAAGGCAGCAUGGAAGGUGCUGCAGCGGCGGCGACGGCAGCUGGCAUCAAGCGGCGCUACAGCCAAGGCCGUGGCCGCCGCCGGGCUGCCGUUGGCAAGCGACAGCGCCGCGGCGCCGCUGCUGAUGCGGCUGCUGCUGCUGCUGCAGCGGCGGCGGCGGCGACGCUUGAGAUGCUUGUUGGCAGGAAGCUGUUGGUACCUCUGGCGGAGAUCUUCGGAGAUCCUUUGUACGGCAGGGCGAACGGGACCGUUGAGUCGGUGGACCCGGACCACCCCGGGUCUCUGCUGAUCAGUCUGGACCAGGUCCGCCAGCCGGUGGAGGUCGUCAGGCGCUGGCUGUCGGAAGAAGAACGGGACGGGGAAGAGAAGGAGCAGCAGCAGCAGCCGCAGCCGCAGGAGGAGGAGCAGCAGCAGGAGCAGGAGGAGGAGGAGGAGAAGGAUGUGGCGGGCGGUGCAACUGCGGGUGGAACUUCGGCGGCGACGGCGGCGGUGGUGGAGGACAAGAAGCGGCGGGGCAGCCAGAGUCGCCGCAGCGGCCGGCGUCAAGGUCGCAGUACGGGCAGUACGGGCGGCAUCAUUAAGCGGCAAGGGGGGCGGCGGCGGCGGCGGCGCAGUACCCGGGGUUCCCUUCGGUCCUUGGUUGGCAAGAAGCUGUCAGUGCCGUUGGCGGAGUUCUUUGAAGACCCCCUGUACGGCAACAAAAGGGAAAAGGGCAUCGUGAAGUUGCGUCGUUUUAUUUCCCCCUUUUUCCACCCACGUUUCCGCACCUUCCCGUCUUUUCAUAUCUGA